UUUUUCUUUCCUGUUCAUCCACCAACCAUGAGCGAUCCAGAAAGUUACCGACUCCACAAACUGAUGUCUCUCAGAAGACAGAGUUUGAUGCUGCGGAACAUCUGCAGAGAUGUUCAAUUUUUACAAAUAAGAAGCUGCGAAGAAAAGAACCGACUGAUGAAGCUCGCAGAGACAAAUUGUUCAAAUCCAGUCGUUUUGAAGUGGCUGAGAGAAAACUCCUUCACCAAACUGGUAGAGAUGUUCAACUUCUUUAAAAAACACAUAGAUGAGGAGGAGAAGAAGGACCACAGCGACACUGUGGACAUCACCUUCAUGGCUCAUGGAUCAAUCAGAGACUUCAUGAUGCCAGCCAGCUGUCUGCUGCCUCUGGCCUCCAUCAGAGACGUGGUUCUUUAUGCUCCCUGGAACUGUGUCACCAGUGGGUUAGCAUAUGCCAUCGCCACAGGACGGCUGCAGCCUCACCACAGAAUCUUCUACUGCACCAAGAAGGAUGGAUGUCCAGUUCCUGAUGAAAAACAUCAACCUGCAAAACUACCGGACCGCUGGAACUCAAUGAGUCAGGCUGGAGACCAGAUGAUCCCAAAUAUCACAGUUAGUCCUCUACGAUCAGACGAUAGUGUUUGGAAGAACUUUGAGUCUCUCACCAAACAAUACGGUCCUGUUGGGAGAAAUCGGAUCGUCAUUCCUUUUGUCCUCCCAGGAAAAGAAACAGAGAGCGUCCCGUUCUCUGUGGUCACCUUGGCCCUGUCUCUGGUUCUGCUGGAGUCCAGGUUCAAAGCCACCGUCCACCUGAAUGCCUGUCUAACUGACCACUCUACUGUUCGUAAGUUUGACAGGGAAUAUCUGGAGAAGCAGUACGCCUGUGCUGUUGAUGGGACUGGAAUGAAAGGUUCUAAUUACAUCUUCAGUGUAGCAUGGAUAGAAAAGAUGAUGCAUAAGUUAUAUUAGCAGUUCAUUUUGUUAAAAAUGUGUUCUCUCAAUCUAAAUGUAGGGAUGUAUAAAUUAUAAUAUCUACAUGAAGAUGAAGCUCCUCCCACAGGUACCAGAUCUCUGGGUUUUAUGCAUAUUAGUUUGUAUUACAUCAAAUGUCUCAUAUCACACUAUAUAUACCAAAACAACUGGAGCAUUAAAAAAUAUUUUGUUUAUUGGCUUCACAUUCUGCUUUCACACGUCACAGCUAAAUGGUAAUGCUGCAGAAAGCCAUUUUCUUCCAAUCCACAGGCGAUCAGCCCAACUCUGAAGUCAGAAAGUCAACAGACUCUCAUGUGAUGCUGUGUUGAAUCUUAUAAAACAACUGUUUGUAAUUUGAUAAUAGCUUGUAAACCAAUCGCACAUUUGGGGAAGGGAGGGACUUUGUGCCACUAUGUGUAUGCUAUAAUUUCUGUCAAUAAAUGAGAAAUUUGCGUAUUGCAGGCACUUUGUGUGGUUUCUCUCUCUACAGUGACAUUUUAUGAACAGUCAAGAACUGUAAGGCAGCUAAUUUAGAUUAUCACUCCUGUGUUAGGAUGCAGAGGGGAAAAUAAGACACUCGACUUGUCUGAGAUUGUCACAGCAAUCUGGUUGACGACCAGCUU